AGCUCUGCAACAGAAAAGAGCGGCGGACUAGGCCGUAUCUUCCUAGAUUCUAACAAUUACGGAGCGAACCGACCAUCGGCUCAGUCUGCAUCUUUCUGCCAAGACUCUGGAAUGGUCAUAAGCCAUGGGAGUAGCCUUGACUAGAGCAGCUCAGUGGACGGCGGCUGGAACUGGAACGGGGACCUUAGAAAUUACUCCCCUGAACGAAUCUCUUUUGAAUGAAAUUAUCAAGUUCACAGAAACGUUUAGUAGCAAGCAUCUCCAGGAAGCAGCUUUUGUCUUUAAAGAACCACUUGAAUGGCAAACAAAACUAGAACCAUCUGCAUUUGAGGCAGGCUAUGAUGUCAGUGAAAAAACUGUUCAGUCUCACGAAAAAGACAAAAAUGGACAGCCACUUCUCCUCCUUAAAGGAUCAACAAUUAGCGUUCGGAGUUUUGGACAGCUGUCUUAUUUACUCUCUGUUGCUGGGAAAAAAAGACUGAAAGAAGCACAGGCAUGUCUUGAAGACUAUGAAUUCUUCAAUGGAUGUCGUGCCCCUCCUUGGAGACAAGUGCAUGGGGAAAUUUGUUAUUUGUCAAUUAAACCACGUGACACAGAUGCUAUGUUUGUUACUUGUAGCACAGCAGGAAUAUUCUUAAAUGGAGGAAGAAGCAAUGAGAGAGAUGAAAUUGAUUAUGAGAGGAAGAGUGACAUAUAUAAAGAUCUUGUCACAUUUUUAAGAGAACGAUCAGCAGCAUUUGUAAGCAAUAUGGUUAAACAGAAUCUUCCCAGAGGCAAAGCAGCAAGAAAAUCUGAUGAAAAAGAAAUCAAGCAUGCCACUCCAGAAAGCAAGAAAAGACCCUGUGGAACACCAACUGCUUCUCUUAAAAGUAAACUUCCACUGAAAAGUGAAGAGGCAAGUGAAAGUUCUUCUGAGAGUGAAGAAGAGGAUGAAGAGCCUGAACGCCAUCAGGAAAUUAACACUGAUUUGCCAUCAGAAUAUUGGCAGAUUCAAAAAUUAGUGAAAUAUAUAAAGGUAAAAAAUAAUAAUUUUGAGGAAAGACUGCAGAAGAUCUCAAAGGAUCUUCUGAUUAAAUUAUAA